CCGGCCCGCACCGCACCAUGGGGCUCCUGCUCGAGCUCGGCGCGCGCCCCGGCGGCCCCGGGACCUCGGGCCCAGCCCGCCGCUGUCGCCGCAAGAUCUUCGGCAACAUCAAGGUCUUCGUGUUGUGCCACGGGCUGCUGCAGCUCUGCCAGCUGCUCUACAGCGCCUACUUCAAGAGCAGCCUUACCACCAUCGAGAAGCGCUUCGGCCUCUCCAGCUCCGCCUCGGGCCUCAUCUCCAGCCUGAACGAGAUCAGCAAUGCCAUCCUCAUCAUCUUCGUCAGCUACUUCGGCAGCCGAGUGCACCGCCCAAGGCUGAUUGGCAUUGGGGGUCUCCUGCUGGCCCUGGGUGCCUUCAUCCUCACCCUGCCGCACUUCCUCUCGGAGCCCUACCAGUACAGCUUGGUCAGCGCCGGCAACCGCAGCCGCUACCAGGCCGAGCUCUGUCAGAAGCACGUGGGGGACCUGGCCCCCAGUAAGUGCCACAGCUCCUCCCAGGACGCCCAGAAGGAGACCAGCAACCUGUGGGGCCUGAUGGUGGUGGCCCAGCUGCUGGCGGGCAUCGGGACGGUGCCCAUUCAGCCCUUCGGCAUCUCCUACGUGGACGACUUCUCCGAGCCCAACAACUCGCCCCUGUACAUCUCCAUCUUAUUCGCCAUCUCUGUGUUUGGACCGGCCUUCGGGUACCUGCUGGGCUCUGUCAUGCUGCGGAUCUUCGUGGACUACGGCAGGGUGGACACAGCCACAGUGAACUUGAGCCCUGGAGACCCCCGAUGGAUUGGAGCCUGGUGGCUGGGCCUGCUCAUUGCUUCGGCCUUGUUGGUGCUUAGCUCUUUCCCUUUUUUCUUCUUUCCUCGAACCAUGCACAAAGAAGUGGAGCAGUCUCCGGCCAUAGCGGACGAGACGAGGAAGAUGGAGGGCGCCAAGCCCAGCGGCUCCCUGGUGGACUUCAUUAAACGAUUCCCCCGUAUCUUCGUGAGGCUCCUGCUGAACCCGCUCUUCAUGCUGGUCGUCCUGGCCCAGUGCACCUUCUCCUCCGUCAUCGCCGGCCUCUCCACCUUCCUCAACAAGUUCCUGGAGAAGCAGUACGGCGCCUCCGCGGCCUACGCCAACUUCCUCAUCGGUGCUGUGAACCUGCCCGCCGCGGCCCUGGGCAUGCUGCUGGGAGGGAUCCUCAUGAAGCGCUUUGUCUUCUCUCUGCAAACCAUCCCCCGCGUGGCCGUCACCAUCAUCACCAUCUCCAUGAUCCUCUGUGUCCCUCUCUUCUUCAUGGGCUGCCCCACCCCCGAGGUGUCAGAGGUCAACUUCUACAGCCCACCGAGUUCUCCCCACCUGCAGCCUCCCUUCUGCCGCCAGGACUGCGCGUGCACAGAUGCCAUGUUCCACCCCGUGUGUGGGGACGAUGGUGUGGAGUAUCUCUCCCCCUGCCACGCCGGCUGCAGCGACGUCAACAACAGCUCCAUGACCUCCAAGCAGCCGGUUUACUUGAACUGCAGUUGCGUGAAGGGGGCCUCGGCGAGGACAGGGCCGUGCCCCAUCCCCUGUGCCCACCUCCUGCUCGCAGCCAUCUUCCUCAUCUCCUUCGUGUCCCUCAUCGCCUGCAUCUCCCACAACCCGCUCUACAUGAUGGUUCUCCGCGUGGUGAACCAGGAGGAAAAGUCCUUUGCCAUCGGGGUCCAGUUCCUGCUGAUGCGCCUGCUGGCCUGGCUGCCCUCUCCAUCCCUCUACGGCCUCACCAUCGACUCCUCCUGCAUCCGGUGGAGCUCACAGUGCUCGGGGAGGCGAGGGGCCUGUGCCUACUAUGACAACAACCACCUCCGGGACAGGUACCUGGGUCUGCAGAUGGGCUACAAGGCGCUGGGUGUGCUGCUGCUGCUGCUCGUUGCCUGGCGGGUGAAGAAGAGCAAGGAGUACAACGUGCAGGAGAAGGCCGCCGGCCUCCUCUGACGCGGACUCUCGGCCGCCCGCCCCGUCGGUGGACUCUGCCCGCUCCACCCGCCUGCAGAUACUAGCGACACGUCAUUUCUGUCUUUAAGUACCAGAGAAGACUCCGUCACUCUUUGCCCUCCCUGCCUCCUCCCCCCACGAGUGCCCCGAGUUUCCGGGGGGGCCCUGAGCUGGACGGGCCAAGAGCUGGGUUCCUCGGGAGGGGCCUCCCUCGUGCCGGGCUCUCCCCCAAAGCACAUUCUCAGACGAGGAGACCCCUGGAGGCUGCUCGAGUCCCCCCUUUCCCUCAGUGAAGAGCAGAAAGGCCACUGGCCCGUAGGAGGGAGUGGAUUGAGCUGUCAGUGGCCAGAGCCGGGCUAGGGAAGGGGCCCCCUGAAGCCGGUGAGGCCACCCCAACCCCCAGCUCCUCCCUCACCUCCUCACACCCUAGCCCGUGAGGCCACUUUGGAAGCUGCCCCUGUCAUGACAAGGGUCAGCUGGCCCCCGAGCUCCCCACAUGCACUCAGCAGAGACCUGGCCCCCGGCCGGGUCACUCUGUGUCCUUGUGGCCAGGGCCCAUCGUGCUCACCGCUGUCUGCUGGGGCUCCACAUCCACCCAGGAGAGCUGGACACGAGAGGUGGAGGGUCCACGCCGGCCUGCAGUCUGGGAGCAACCCCCUGCUCAGUGUCGGCAGCCCCUUCCCGGGCUAUCCUGGGGCAGGCCCCUGGUGACGUCAGCCUGCAUGGUCAGACACAAAGAGACGGUGGCGAAGCCUGCAGAGCCAGUGUCCAGCACAAAGGCCGAGGCCCCCGAGCCUGCCGGGCAGCACCCGGGAGAGGAGGCUUCCCCGCGGCUCAGCCCCUGCCACCUCCAGAGACAGGACACGUGGGGACCAGAAGCAGGACGCCUGCUGCAAGGGGGCCAGAACUGGAAGUGGACUAAGGUCGGCAGGCCCCCGCACGCAGCAUGGCACAGGGGUCUCCGCCUGCGUCCCUCCUCCUUCACACCAGGCCCCUCUCCGGGAGAGACAGCGAGAACCAGAAACUCAGCAGGACCCUGACAGCCCACGGCCCACCACACAGGCCUGGCCGCUGGCGCUUGGCUGGGCAGGCCGGGCACUGCUCGCUGUCCCCUAGGCCCCGGUGCCACCCAUAUUUUAGGAAUGAAAGUGUCACUGGAACCAGGGCCUGUUCCCAAGUUCCCACUCGGGCAGGGGUGCCAGGCACCCUGGGGGCCAGUUCCAGCUACUCCAAACGGUUCUGCUUGGAAAACGCUUCCUGUGACUAACCCGGGUCCUCCUUGCCGCAGCGUCACCAGGUUCUGCGACCUGCCUGCUUGGCUGCACUCCUGGGCAAGUCCAGCCUCCAGAGACCAGGCGGUGGGCGGCCCUCCCAAAUCAGUUUUGAUAUUGCUAUUAAUAUAUUCUAGUUUUGCUAUUGAUUUACCUCAGUCAUGACUUCGUGCCGUCACGUGGCCCUGUCAGGGGACAGACAGAACCCGCAGCGCUGUGGCAGAGGAACUGUCCACACCACAGGCCUCAGAGCUUCGGCCACAGCUUCGAGAGUGGACACCAGUCUCAGCCUGCUCCGUGGCACCAGUGUUCUGUUGACAA